AUAAAGAGGAGCUUUGUUUUGUUGAAACUAACGGCCGAGCAAGGGUUUACAAUUUGAUCACAAAUCAGUUCCUACCUGGCACAGCUAAAUUUCCAAUGAAUGCAGAAAAUAUUAUUAGCACGCCAGAUGGGUCUUGUAUUGUUGCUUUUGUUAAGGGUAUCACAUCUGACAAAAAUAUAGAUCAUUUGUCGAAUAACGAAGAUAAUUUGAGUGAAGACGGUUCCAAUGAAGUUGAUCCCAAUGACUAUGAUGUCAAUAAAAGCGAUGUUGAUGAAAAUGAUGCUGCUCAAGAUAUUGGUAAAGAUAUUGUCAUUGAAGAUGCCAGCGAUAAUGAUGCUACUGAGGAUACUAGAGAAGACGAAGCCAGCAAAGAUGAUGUCAGCAAAGACGAUGUCAGCAAAGAUGAUGUCAGCAAAGAUGAUGUCAGCAAAGAUGAUGUCAGCAAAGAUGAUGUCAGUAAAGACGAUGUCAGCAAUGAUGUCAGCAAAGAUGAUUCUGAAGAAUAUAUCACAAAAGUUGAACAAAUAAUUGAAAGGUCAAUGGAUCAUGCAUACAUUUACUUUUGCACUAGUUUUGGAAAACCGGCUAGUAAAGUAAUUUCAAUACCGCCGAUUUUAUCAUCGUUAGAAUCUAUUCAGUUUUCAAGUAUUAGAAAUUUGCAAAUUCACCUCUCAACGAUUGAUUUGAAUUCUUCUACAUUUCGGUCAAUGAUUGUUAAGAUUACCCAAGAGAAAACACAAUAUUGUUUUCAACAAAAGUUUAAAAAAAGAUCACUUGGAAUGGUCAAAGUGGUUUCUCAAAAUCAAGAAUAUUCACUUCUGGAAGGAAAAGAUACAUUAUUUAAACGCGACAUUAAGGAGGGAGAAAAUUUGGUUAUUAUGGGAGAAAAAAGACCUGUUAUAAGGAUAGCUUCCGACACACAAUUAAAAAUUUCCGGAUCUUUUCAAAAUAUUAUCGGUUUCAAUUCUUGGAUGGAAUUUCGUGUCGAACCUAAAACCAUGCUCAACGGCUUUAUUGAUGCAUAUAAAUUGAUGUUCGAAAAAUACCCUAUUGAUAAUUUUAUUGAUCCUGAUCAAAAUUCUACGUUAAGUUUACAAAUAGUGUUGGAUGUGGAUGAUGACAAUAUAAUUCAGGAUUACGAACAUAAAUUUAAAGACUACAUAUUCAAGACGUUCGAAGAAUUAACAGUAUCUACAAAAAAACCUGCAACAUCUCUAAAAAGAUUUAACACAUCAGUUACAUCCUUUGAGAAUCUUAAUCUUGAAAGUUUGAAGGAAGACUCGGAUAGAGUUCAAUUUGGUUCAUGGGUGAUUCAACUUUGCGUUCUUAUACCAAUACAAAUUGCCGUUGCUAGAAAUAAUAUAUUUCAGCCACUUAAAGAUGGAUUAUCAGCUUUUGAUGCGGAAUCUACAGAGUCAGAAGCGUUGUAUGUCGAUGAAAUUGCUCAAAGAAUUAGUUUUGGAUGGUACGAGGGAAUUUUUAAGUAUUUUGGAGACCUGCCUGUCAAAGUAGUUUCAAGCAUGGGAGAACAAUAUAUGCUAAAUCAUUUGGUCGGAACAACAUUCGAUGGCUCUGCAAUGCGUUGUACUGAAGGUGUAUGGAUGUCACUGGGUAAUGAUUCUAUUUUAUUAUGUCAAGUUAGAUCUGCGGCAAUUCUUCAAGUAAAUCGUUACUGA